AUGCCUAAGCUACGUGGUAUAGCAAUAAGAGAAGGCGAUCCUCGUGUUUUCUGGUACAACAAUCCCUUGCUGAAGAAUGAAUCUAGCACCACUGUAGAAGAAUCUAGCACGACUACAGAACAAGCGCCUCCCCCAAACCAGCAGCAAGGGGAUGGGCAUGCUGUAGUUGGAGAUAACGCUGUGGUGAGCGGACGAUGGAAGUAUGUACUGGUCGUUGCUGCUUUGCUAAUUCUUCUGAUAGUAAUAGUAGCACUUGUUAUACUCGCUGUGCUUUUACGCGGCCAAAAGAAAAGAAGCUCUCCUCAUCUUCCUCCAUCGCCAACAAAGUUGCCUAAGAAAUCCGAGAAAGCACUUGCGUCAAUGGCUGAAGAGAUCUCUUCGAAAGAUCCUUUCCUGUGGGCGGGUGAUGACGAUGUCCUAUGGGCACCAGGUAAUUCUGUUUCACUUUUUUUUGGAAUAAAGCUGUAUGAGAUUGCCGACUUCCACAUAUUUUUCAAAAUGAGGAAAGUUGUGGUUAAGUAG